AUGUCGAACACUCACUCCGACAUAACGCCGGUUGAACCUCUCACUGGGGGCUUGAACUACAAGCGAUGGGCUGGUAAGGUGAUGAUGAUUCUCGAAUCUAAAGAUAUAGACUAUGUCAUCUUUGAGGAUUCUGAGAAGAGUACGGAGACAGUGGCGCAAGUUCCUGCUCAAACUGACAAAACGGUUGCAACAGAAAAGCAAGCAUCCUCUGCAGACUCAACAGCUGAAAAAACGACUCAGGUUCAGGCCACUGCAGCGCUACAGACAACUCGAACAAAAUUCGAGAAAGAUAAUAAAACUGCACGGGCAGAAAUUCUUCAACGAGUAAGUAAUCCGCUUUUUGACAUUUACUUGCCGUACCGGUCUGCUAAAGUGAUAUGGGAGCUAAUGAAAGCCAAGUUUGGCGUGGAUGAUGUUGGAAGGCGAAAAUAUGCUGUGCACAGAUGGCUGCACUUCGUGAUGACGGACGACAAAACCGUUACUGAACAGGUACACGACUUUGAAAACCUGGUAGCUGACAUGAAAUCUGAAGGAGCCCUGGUCAAUGAUGCAUUUCUGUUGGACGCAUUGGUUGAUAAGCUGCCCGAUUCGUGGUUAGACUUCAAGAACAAAUCGAAGCACGAACUGAAGAAUCAGACUCUGGAGCAGCUAAUCAACACUAUCAAUAUAGAAGAAGAGAACCGAUUGGUUCAAAAAUCUAGUAAUUUUUCUGAUAGUAUUAAAGUUAAUGUCGUUGAAUCAGGUGGAGGUUUUGACAGGUCUAAAACUGGGGAAGGUGCCAGAAACCAAAGGAAGAGUUCAAAACCAAACAACAAUAACCGUGUGAAAAACGGUAAAGUUCAGAAAAAAAGGAAAAAACAAUAA